AUGGGGGCCCUUGCGGCUUGGCGCUUCACUGCCUUCUUCGCGCUGGCUUCCAGCGUGUCGGCCGCGGAGACUCUUGUCUCGUUCCGCCUCCAGGCCGGCGAGUUUAUGCAGCCCAUUGGAACUACCUCCGCAGCUUACGAGCCUACGGUCAUCACCAAGCAGGGACAGCUGGUUGCCCGGGGAGCGGCCACCGCCUUGUCCGCCGAUUUGAGCUCAAAGGUGUCCUACAACCUCCCGAUAGGCAAGUGGCAGAACAAGUCCACUGAACCUCGCUCGGUCCGGCCACUCAAG